GUCAACCGACUAUUUCCGCGAGGCCCACGGCACUCUACGUAUUCUUGGGAUUUAAUCCUAGUCCGGGUGGCCAGCGGAACUCGAACUGCGGAUACCGUAUUGGAGGUUUUCCCCUCAAGUACCACUAGCCCAAGGCCGCUGGUUGAUUUAAAAUCCUAGUUAAUUAAGCACAAGUAGCUACGAUGGAAUAUCCGGCAAACAAAAAUGAUGAACCUUUUCUGAAGUUUUAAUUAUUAUUAUUUUUGGCUUCAUGCAGAUAUACAUAGAGAGAGAUAGAUACAUAUGUAUGAUAGUGUGCAUCCAAAUUGGACAAAGAGAAUAGAUGGAAAAAGAGAGAGUCAUCUUUUAGAAAGAGCCAAAACCAUAUCAGAAAAAAAAAAACUCUUUUAAUCCAAACCAUAUACCCAUGUACAAAUCCUCUCUUUCUUUCUUCCCUCAAAAUUCUUUUCUUUCUUGGGUUUAAGGAAAUCUUAGAUCUUGUUCUUGUGGGGUUUUAGGGUUCUUGGGACUAACUUUUUUUUCAGAAAUGGGUAAGCGUGGUGGGAAAAAUGGUAACGAAAACUAUGACGGCGUUGGUUUUAAUGGUCAAGGAGGCAGUGGAGUUAGGCCAUACGUACGGUCUCCGGUGCCUAGACUCAAGUGGACGGCGGAUCUCCACCGUUGUUUUGUUAACGCCGUCGAUAUGCUCGGUGGCCAACAUCGAGCUACUCCAAAGCUUGUUCUUAAGAUGAUGGAUGUAAAGGGACUCACCAUUUCACAUGUCAAGAGUCAUCUUCAGAUGCAUAGAGGUUCUAAACUCACUUUGGGUAAACCAGAGGAAAACUCUUUAUUUUCAAUAAGAAGACAGGACACUGAAGAGGAUUAUCUUCAGGACUACUUGUCUUUACACAUAAGGAAUGAUUGUCCUACGGGUUUUCACACCUUUUCUCUUUCUUCACAUUCUUCUAGAGGAAGAAGAAAGGAGCAUACUUCAGAGUCUCGUGGUGGAGAUGAUGUCGAUGACUCUCUUCACAUCAUGAACUUGAAGACGAACGAAACGACGUUUCCAUCACAUCAUUUCCACCAGAAUACAGAGAAGGAGACAAACCCUUGGCACGAACACGAACACGAACAUGAACAAGAACAUGAACAUGAAGAAGAAGAACUGUCGUUGUCGCUGUCGUUGAAUCAUCAUCAUUUGAGAAGCAACGGAUCAUCAGUGAGCGAAACAAGUGACGCGGUCUCGACAUGUUCAGCACCAUUCGUCAACAAAGAUUGCUUCGGUUCUUCACCAAAGAUUGAUCUUGACCUUAACCUUUCAAUUUCUCUCCUUGGCAGCUGAGACCACGAAUUAAAUCUUUAUUUAUUAGAUUAGUUGUAGUGAAACAUCAUAAUCUUUCGGUUCAAAAAAAAGAAACAUCAUAAUCUUUUGUUAAA